UUUUGACUAGCUAACGGUAACGCGAUAGUUAGCCAGCUGCUUGAUUGACAAAAGCCUAUUUUAGAACUCAUCCAUCGUCUGUAGUGUAUGGGUGUUAGCCAGGUACUUAGUCUGAUGCUCAGGUGAAAGCUGUUAACCCUUCAUUCACCAUCCUCUCUGGUCAGGAAUAUAAAUGUAGCAACAAUCUAGCUAUUUGGUGUGCCAGUCGCGUGCGCUUUAAAAAUGUGCAGCAAAUAGCUGCGACGUUGAACAUAAACAUUUCACAUUACCCGCGCAAUUUGCAGGCAUUAUUUGGCACAAGCUGCAUAACGUUCUGUGGGAUGUGUGGUGGUCUGAAGUGAGGUAGUUAGUUGGUUAGGAGAGGAGGUCGUGAGCACUGCUCCAACCUAAGCAUUCAUUAUGUCUAGCGCAGGCCAGAGAGGGGUGUGACUGUUGGAGAGCAGCAGGUUGCAUUGAGCCUCAACCGCAGCAUGCCUGCCUAUUGUUUUACAGGCGUCAAUGAAUGAGAAAGCGGCAAAUCUAACAUUUAGCAUAUUCUAGCCUAUAUUCCUGGUUUAGUGUGAAGUACACAUUCGAACACUCAACCAUAAAAAUAAUAGGUUCACAGUCUAAUUUGAGUGGGAGAAGGAUGGACGGUGUCUUCAACACAUCCUAAAAGACACUUUAUUGAUACUGUUUUUCACCAAACGCAUCAAGUUUCUCACUCAAAUGAAUGCUGCGAUCACCAAAUGGAUUGCAGAGAGCUUCAAGGCUCCAUUUUUAUGGCCAGCAGUAGUAGGCGAACACACCCCCUUCCCUGCUUGACUGACACCUCCAGAUCAAUAUCUCUGGCAUGAAUAUGAUGCCCCAGGCUUGCAGUUUUUGAUUCGCUUCAUUCACCACUUGAAUAACAGUGCUGAUGCAUAAUUUCACUUCCAAUGUUUGCAUGCAUUUCAAUAUGUUGCCUACACUAACAUGUACAUUACAUCUUGCAUGUACUAUUGUCUGUAAUUAUUCUUGAUUUCCCCCUCUAUUUGCUGUGUUUUUAGUGAGGCUAUUUUCUGUAUAUUUCAAUACCUUAUAUAAGAAAGAUAAGGAUAAAUAUAGACUAUAGUCAAACGGACAGUUAUUGUAUGAAGAAGACAAUUUAAUUAACCAAUUUGCAUAUUUAGUGAAGCUGUAAUAAUCAUCCUGUGACGCAUUCUGCAAUAAUCAUCAUGGACCAAGUUCAGUGUGUGGUGGAUGCUGGGUGUAGAUUCAAGGUGUAGGCGGCAGGCUAAUUUAGGCGAUUGCAAGAAAGACGUCAAAGAGCCUUCUCUUUAAGGCUCUCAUAACCUUAGUCAUAACCACUAUAUAUUUCACAUUGGUAGUCAGUCGUAACAUUGUUCUGCUUGUCACAAAUCUGGAUGAAUUCAGUUCCAAGCUAAGCUUUUGCUCAGAGAAGACCUUUGUCAGUCGGAGCAUAUAGCCAAAUACAGAUUUAAUUGAAACUCCCUUCAAAAACGGAUUCAGUCUUGAUGGUAGAUAAUGCCAGCCUUACAGGCUUUCCAACACCGGGAACAGCCUACAUCUUCAAAUCUGAUAUGAGCCUUCGUCAUACUUAAACUAAAAUCUGCCAUUUAGCAGACACUUAUAUCUUCGGCGACUUACAGUUAUGCGUACAUACAUUUUACGGAUGGAUGGAUGGUCCCAGGAAUCGAACCCACUACCCUGCCUUUACAAGCGUCGUGCUCUACCAACUGAGUGACAACGGACCACCUUCAUCAAACUUUCUGUAUCAACGAGUUAAGUAAUGUUCCUGUACCAGUAAUGCUGAUGCCUGAUGAUUUUAAAGCCUACAGUAAGAUCAAAGUGGACAACCACCUAUUUAACAAAGAGAACCUGCCCAGCCGUUUUAAAUUCAAAGAGUACUGCCCUAUGGUGUUCCGCAACCUGAGGGAGAGGUUCUCCAUCGAUGACCAGGAUUACCAGAACUCUCUGACGAGGAGCGCCCCGCUGAACAGCGACUCCCAGGGGCGCUUUGGCAACCGCUUCCUGUCCAGCUACGACCACCGCUUCGUCAUCAAGACGGUGUCCAGCGAAGACAUCGCCGAGAUGCACAACAUCCUCAAGAAGUACCACCAGUUCAUAGUGGAGUGUCAUGGCAGCACUCUGCUCCCCCAGUUCCUGGGCAUGUACCGGCUAACAGUGGACGGGGUUGAGACGUACAUGGUGGUGACCCGUAAUGUAUUCAGCCACCGUCUCACCGUGCACCGCAAGUACGACCUGAAGGGUUCCACAGUCUCAAGGGAAGCCAGUGACAAAGAGAAGGCCAAGGAACUCCCCACCUUUAAGGACAACGACUUUCUGAACGAGGGCCAGAAGCUGCAGAUAGGAGAUGACAACAAGAAGUACUUCUUGGAGAAACUAAAGCGCGACGUAGAGUUCCUGGCCACUCUAAAGAUCAUGGACUAUAGUCUCCUGGUGGGGAUCCAUGAUGUGGACCGGGCAGAGCAGGAGGAGAUGGAGGUGGAGGCAGGAGGAGAGGAGGAGGAGUAUGAGAACGAUGGGAUGGGAGGAGCACUCACCGGCUCCUUCGGCACCCCUCCAGACAGCCCUGGGAACCCCCUCAACUUUGGCGGGUUCUUUGGCCCUGGCGAGUUCGACCCCUCCGUGGACGUCUACGCAAUCAAGAGCAACGACAGUGCUGUGAAGAAAGAAGUGUACUUCAUGGCUAUCAUCGACAUCCUCACGCACUACGACGCUAAGAAAAAAGCUGCACAUGCUGCCAAAACUGUGAAACAUGGGGCUGGGGCAGAGAUCUCCACCGUAAACCCAGAGCAGUACUCCAAAAGAUUCUUUGAGUUCAUGUCCAACAUCCUGUCAUAGAAUCAUCUCUCCUACCCCAGCCAAUCACAUCCUGUCAUCAGCCACACCCACCCCUCUCUCCCUCCUCCUGCCCCUCCCACCUGAUUUAGCCCCACCCCUUACCCUCCCACUCUGGGGAUGACAGACUGAAAGGAUGCACAGACGAAGAGCCUGUUACAUUGACCCACAGAGAGGGGGCGCCGGACUUUUUCUUUAAAAAAAAAAGCAACGUGUCUCUUCUCCACCCCCAUGUCCCCCUGCCCAGCCUACCACCUCAAUCUGAGCGCUCGACAAGGAAGGCUUGUGAAACAGAGUUCAAUAGGAUAUUUGAGACCCUCCCCCUUUCUGCCUUCCCCACCACCUUAUACUAGUCCUCACGCCAGCACGGGAACUGUCUCACUAAUGCCUUGAAAGAGUGUCAGCUUCAGCAGUAGGAGUCUGUUUAGUACCGUCUGUUCGUUUCGUUAUUAUUUUCAGACACACACAAACCUCUCACAGACACAGAAGCGGUCAGAUCGCAUGAAUCUUUUGACCGAACUCUGCCUCCUUGACUUGUCAGGAGAUCCGCAGCCGACAGUAUCAAAAUUGGAAAUGCAGGAGAUUAAUAAGGGUUUUACGUAAAUAAAUGCAAUAUCAAAAUGCAUGGCUGAAAUGUACAUGACUCUGCCAGUUAGUUGAAACGUCAAACCACUGAAUUUAGCAUCUGAGCAUUAUGACUAAAAAAGAAAAAACAUAAGUGUCUGAAUGUUACGUUGCCAUAUUGUUCUGAAAACUUUUGACAUUUUUACCAUGAACUUGGUUGGUAAAGGAAAAUCCACAUAAAAAAGGGGAAUACUAAAGCAAAUGCUUGUUUUAUUACCAUAAGAAUCAUUUUUAUAUCUCGUUUACAUUAAUGUAGCAUUUGUGUUUGUAUACAGUAUUGUUUUGUAACAGACAUUAGAUCAGAAAAGUUACUUGAAAAGGAUUCAUUACAUAUUAAAAGGGAGUUAUUGUU